AUGGCGUCCUUCUUCGUCGAGCUCUGGGAAGGCAUCUUCACCCCCGGCCCGACGCCAACCAUCCUCAAAGCCACAAACAUCACCUUUGCCGCCCUCCAGCUCGUCCUCGGCGCCCUCCUGCUCGCCACCUACAGCGUGCACUUUGUCGUCCUGUCCGUGCUCUGCGGCGGGCUCUGGUGGUCCGUCAACUGGUUCGCCAAGGAGCUCCGCGCCGCCCAGCAGCAGCAGGAGGAGGAAGAGAAGAAGAAAAAGAAGCUCGGGGUGCCGGCUUCCGAUACCGAGGUCGAGGGACGCGUGGCGAGGAGGAGGAGCGCGAGGAUCAAGAAGAGUGCGGGUGCGGGUGCGGCAGCCAAGGCGGAUGUCGAGCCGGUGGAAACAAAGGGGGAGCUGAAGCAGCGGUCGUUGGCGGAGUCGGUGUCGAGUGUGAGUACCGAGGACGAGUGGGAGCGCGUUUCUGAGAACGAGAGGGACAAGGACAAGUGAUCUGGACGAGCAUGGACAUGU